GACGAGCUCCCGCUGCCCGGAACCUAUUUACCCUGUUCUUCGUUCCUCCUGAGGGCCGGUACCCACCUUCUUACUUCUCCUGAAUAGCCUGGAGGUACAGCUGCCAGUGGUGACAUCCCGGUGAGCGGCAGUGAUGGACUUGGUCUGCGGUGGUGAGGCCUUCUCCCCUCUCUCCUAGCUGGGGCCUGCAGUCCUCCUCCUGUCCUCCGCUGGUGGCUCUGGCUUGGGGGCUGUGAUUGUGGGGGAAAAGCUGGGUGUUAGGCCACGGGGUCUUGAUUGUUCUGGUCCUGAGAGAGCUAAGGACGGCCGCCAUUGAGGGCUUAGUGGGCAUGGCUUCCCCCGUUGCCCUGGUAACUCCUUCGGUUCCAAAACUGGGCGCUCUGACUCAGGCCUGCACUGCACUUCACUAUUCAACACUGGAGGUGUACGGAGCUCUGACCCCUGCUUCUCAGCCCAUUUGGGACUCUACCUGGCUCCCUGCUCUUCCUUGGAGUACUGCAUUUUGUUGCCUUCUGAGUGGAAUGUGCUGCCUCUUCCAUGACUACUGGUUGAGCUCCUGGAUUGUGUGCUGCAUACUGACUCGCUGUCACUGUGAGUACCUCUGUGAAAUGCUUGUGGACUGGCUGGGACUUGUAGCAUCUUACCCCUUUGUUAAGGGCUGCUCCUUAUUCUGAAGUACUUUGCCUCUUCUGGACUGUGUCCCUGAUGCUUUCUAACUAAUCCCUGUUGAGUCCUGCCUGACCAUGAGAGGUCCACAACGCAAAAGUAGAAACAAACAGUCCGAAACUGCCUCCCGAGGCUUCAAGGAAAACCUCUGAUGAGGAUGCCACAUCUGAUGAUGGUCGUUCUCACUCCUGUGGUAAGUCUCAGGCAGAUCAUGGUGCUCAGACCCCGCUUGAUACCAAAGUAUCUAUGCACGUGGUGAAAGCGCUGAGCCAGUUCUCCAGGACAGUCCUAGGGGCGACUCCACCUCUUUCACUCUUUGAGGGCUCUCCAACUACCCCACAGAGGCAGUCACCUGAGAGGCCAGCUUAUGAUGUUACUACUUUGGACCACCGGUUCACCAGCCUUCACCUCCUGUCAUCAAUUAUGAUGUCCAAGGUGGAAGAACUGCGGCAAGAAUUUGUUAUUCUGCAACAUGAAACUCAGAAGCUCCGUCAGCGCACUGAUGAGGUGGAGCGCAGGGUAUCCACGAUUGAGGACACUGUCCAUUCUCUGCCGGAGCAAGUUGCUUCCUUGCAGAGCCAAGUUACGGGAGUUCUGGGCCGAAUGGAUGACCUUAAUAACCGCUUGAGGCGUAAUAAUAUCAGUCUCGUUGGCCUCCCUGAGAAGGCGGAAGGGACUGAUCCAGUGCUGUUCCUGGAAACAUGGUUGAAAGAGAUCCUCCCUAUUAAACACUGGCAAAACUUCUGCACUUUUAGGAUCGGGAUGCAGUUCUUCGUGAGGUGAGACUCAGAGGAGGUCAUCUACAAUGGGAGCAGAGUUUCCUGCUAUCCUGACUUCUCUGUGAAACUUCGCAAGCAGUGAGUACAAUUCACCGAGGUCUGCUCGAAACUACGUGCCAAGGGCUACCGCUAUUCGAUGCUGUAUCCUUCUUGGACUGAGAAUAGUGGAUGGGGCUUCCACCAAGUUCUUCACUUCCCCGAUUGAAGCUCUACAUUGGGUGGAUGUGGCCCCUCCAAUUCGACCUCUGGACUGAACUGUUCCACUUUGGCUGCCAUCUUCACCCCUUGUUUCCUUAGUUAAUCGUUAGAGAGAUAGUAGUACAUCCUAAUAGGGUCUCCCUAGGUUCCAGUUCCAAUUAGGGAUUCUCCGGAAUAGCCUCUUCAGUUACCGGCCACCACACUGUUUAAGUUGAGUAACGGCAGGGUUUUGGUAUUAAUAUCGUUCCUCCUUUAGUUAGUUAGGUGUUCUUUUAACGCUCUGUAAUUGUUGUAUUUAAGGUAUAGGUCUGCCCUGUGCUAGGUCGUAGAGUUUUCUCAUGUCCCAUUUAGUGGGAAUGUUUUGUAAUUGUUAUUGCUUCUUUGUUUUUUUUUGUUUGUGUUGCAUGGCUGUGGUGUGUGUGAUCCCGCUGCUCAGUAAGUAUCUAUAGCAAUGGGGACCCUUAAAGUUAUUAGUAAUAAUGUCCAGGGGCAUAACACUAAAUUUUAAGAGGGCUGAUUGCUUGGAUUUUGUAAAGCUGCAGUCCCCUCAUGUUGUUUGUCUACAGGAGACCCAUAUAACUAGAGAGAAGGUUCUUGCCUUAAGAGGGCUUGGAUAGCACGGGGGUAUCAUGGCUCUUAUUCUAAUUAUGUUAGUGGUGUUUCUAUUUUAGAGCUAAGUCUCAACUGGUUGUCUCCCAGGCUGCCUGUGAUCAUUUUGUGAGAUUUGUGAUACUGCACUGUUCUUUUUGUCCUUGACCCUGUUUAUAUUCAUUCCUCUUCCAUUUCAGUUCUCUGUAUUGGAGUUGAUUACUAACAAGCUGUUGUCUUUUCCCUCUGAUCCUGUCCUCUAUAUAGGUGAUUUCAAUGUGGCUCCUGAUCCUCAGCUCGAUCACACCACUGCUACUGACUCUGCCUCCUAAUCUUUUGCUUUCUGGCGCUUUGCGUUGGGCCUGACUGACCUCUGGAGAUGGAAGUACCCGACUGCAUCUACAUUCUCCUUCUAUUCUGCAUCCCCUAGGUCCUUCUCACGCAUAGAUUUUGCCUUGGUGUUGGUGGACCUUCUCCUGGCAGUAAGGGAUGUUUCUUAGACCACUGGGGGAUCUCAGACCAUUCUGCCAUAGUCGUUACUCCUAAUUUAGGAGUCCCUCUUCCCGACUUUGACGCAUGCACCCGGGUUGGUAACAAACUGAGGCAGUUAUGGAGGCUUUGAGUGUUGCCCAUACUGAUUAUUGGGAUCAUAGCGCUUCUAACCCUGACCCCUUGAUACAAUGGGAUGCUUAGAAGGCAACAAUAAUGGGAGCCUUUAUUGUGGGUGUGGUAGGUCAGAGGAGAAUUAGAAUUGCUAUGGACAGGGGGUUGCAGGAGGAAGUGGGUGCUUUAGAAGCAGCCUAUAUCGGAGACCCCUCCCCUGACAACAAGAGGGCGUGGGCUAAGGAUCAACACUCUCUUUUGAUUGUCCAAAAAGAUAGGAAAGCAGCCCUCUGAGUUUGGGGGAAAAAAUGGGAAACUCCUGGCUUACCUUAUCAACUCAGUCUUUAGGGAUUUGUAUUGCUCUUUUUAUUCUGCUCAGUCUCAGCCCUGACAGGGGGAGCUUUUAUACUUUUUUGGUGACUUACCCCUUUCCAGGCUAAGUCAUGCGCAGGCUGAUACACUACAUUCCCCCCUUACAGCUGAAGAGGUGAAGCAGGCUAUCAGUGAUCUUCCCCCUUGGAAGACUCCGGGGUUGGAUGGCAUGAUUGGUGAUUGGUACAGGAUGAAUGAGGAGAGGCUGACCCCUAUACUACUUAAAUUGCUUGACUUGGUGGCUUAUGGAGAUUAUGGAGGUGGCUUAAGGCUGUUACUAGAUUCUUACCGACCUAUCUCCCUCCUUAACGUUGAUAUUAAGAUUUUGGCUACCCGCAUACAGUGUCAUUGCCUCUAUUAUUCAUGCCAGGCAGAGCUACUGAUAUUAAUGUUGAACGCCUUCAACUUAACAUUGCAGUUGCGGGAGAGGGUUGUCCCUCCAGAGUGGUAGUAGUCUAGAUGUGUACAAGGCCUUUGACUCAGUAGAGUGACCCUACCUCUGGGAAGUCCUGGGUGCGUUAGGGUUUGGUCCCCGGUUUUGUGCUUGGGUUCGCCUGUUAUACGAUAGCCUUAGGGCCUGCAUCCGCACUAAUUUUGAUAUUUCUGACCCUUUCCCCUUAGGUCGCAGGACAAGACAAGGGUGUCCCCUGUCUCUUUUCCUUUUUGCUCUCCCAGUGGAGCCUCUAGCAGCUGCUGCCUGCAUGGACCCCAGUAUUUGUGGUAUCCCUAGGGGUUCUAUUGUAGAAAAGGUUUCCCUUUAUGCUGAUGACACAUUGGUGUAUUCGGCAGAUGCGGAGGGUUAUCUCUCUCUAUCUCUCUCUAUCUAUCUAUCUAUCUAUCUAUCUCUCUCUAUCUCUAUCUAUAUUUAAAAUUAUCUUCCUUCCCAAGUUCCUCUAUCUAUUCCAUAUAGCUCCCCUCAUCCCUCCUAGGAGUUUCUUUAAGAAACUUUGUAGUGCUCUGAGGUCCUUCUAUUGGCAGGGUAGGCCUUCCAGACUCGAUCGGACUCUUCUCCAGGCUCUAAAGCGGCAUGGUGGUUUGGACACCUCUGAUAUGUAUAACUAUUUUCUUGCCUCCCAACUGGUAUAUGCAGCGUGGUGGAUCGACCUGGAUCUCUCGAAUGCAGCUACUGCCCUGGCUGGAGCACUUAUGGGCUCAUAUGAAGGUCUAACCAACUCGCUCUACAGGACUGAACACAUCAUCUUCAAAUCCUGUGCAUCAAAUUUGUGCAGCAUACUGUACAGCUACAAUAAGGAUCUCUAUGAAGAGGGUAAAAUGAUGUAUAAACUCAACCAUGAACGAAUUGUAAAGUUGCUGGGUAUCAUCAUAGAAGAUGGUAACUACGCUUUGGUCAUUGAAUACAUGACUAAAGGAAAUUUGUUACAUGUUUUAAAACAGGUGACAGUACCCAUUUCAGUAAAGGCUCGAUUUAUUCUGCAAAUUAUUGAAGGAAUGAUUUAUCUGCAUAACCAAAAUGUAAUUCACAAGGAUCUGAAACCAGAGAACAUAUUAGCCAAUGACGAAUUUCAUGUGAAGAUUGCAGACCUUGGAGUUGCUGCCUUUACGAAAUGGAGUAGCCUGACAAAGGAGGAGACUGCUCGGCAGCGGACUCGAACCAGAAAUGACAGCACAUUGAGAACAAAAAAUGCUGGAACUUUAAGUUACAUGGCUCCAGAACACUUGCAGAGUUUAAAUGCAAGAGCUACAAAAAAAUCAGAUGUUUACAGUUUUGGAAUUGUAAUCUGGGUGAUACUAACCAACAAGGAACCCUAUGAAAAUGCAAUUAAUAGCGAACAAUUAUCGUUGUGUGUAACUGGCGGUGACCGACCCGAUGUAGCAGAGAGUCUGCAGUGUGGCUUACAAGAAGCUUCAGAUUUGAUGGAGCAGUGCUGGAGAAAGACACCAGAAGAAAGACCUACUUUUCAAGAUUGUGAAAAGACUUUCAGGCCUGUAUACUCUAAAAAAUAUGAACAGAAUAUAGAAAAGGAUGUGGCUGCGAUUCAGAAAUCGUACCCUAAACCAAGUGCCCUUAUUCAAAGGAUGGCAUCUUUACAGCUAGAUUGUGAUGCAGAGCCUCCCAGUAUCCCAAGAGAUGAACCACUAUCUCUACACAGCUCCUUAGGUGUGUAUCAUGAACAUGUAAAUGAGACAUUAUUUACUCCUCGUGGUAAUGAGCCAGAAGAAUGUGAGGAAGGAAAAUGUGAUGACUUUUUAGAGAGAAAACUGCAAGAAGAAAUGAAUUACCAUCGGACAGGAAGUCGGAUUGAUAAUAUGACAAGCGUUUCUAAUUCUUUACCAUUAAGUGAAUUGAGAAGCAGGAAAGUGUUCAGUGAAGCAAACGAAAGGAAUUCUACUCCAGUGGCUCCUUACCCUGUAAACACACCUUUUAGCAGCAGCAAUGAACCAUCAGCCAAUGUAUUUCCACCGCACUACUUACAAAGCCCAGGUAUUUUCCACACAGCUAACAGACCUGUGGAUUACCAUCAGCCAAUUGAACCUCGAAGUUUGUAUAUUCCAAUGACUUAUCCUAUGUGGAAUACACUGCCAUCUCCACAAAGCUUUCAGAAUUUGUAUACUCCUGACAAUUCUGUUCCAUUUGAUUCCACUAAGCUGCCAGUUGCAGAAUCAGGAAAACCAAAUAUGUAUUCACCGCCUCUAGACCGUACAUAUAAUGGUGCUGUGGGCCAUCCACUGGGCAUAGAUGUAAACCCUAUGUUCUCCAAGGGAAACUUUGGGUAUUCACAAGUAUAUAAUCCAGAGAAAUCAGUAAAUUUGACUAUAUCAAACAGUUCAGCCUUUCAGAUUGGAAACAAUAAUUACUUAAAUGUUGGAGGGGAGUUGGAUAUGAAAAGUAGUCAAGGCUCAAAUUACCAACAUCAGUAUGCCGAAGUACUUGCAAGCAAUUCUUUAUUGAAUGAAAGCCAGAUGAAUCUUCUGAGGGAUAAUUUAUCCCGGAAAUGGAAAGAGUUUGCACGCACAGUCGGAUUCCGACAGCCCGAAAUUGAGGAAAUUGAUCAUGACUAUGACCGUGAUGGGUUGAAAGAGAAAGUUUAUCAAAUGUUACACAGAUGGCAGAUGAAGGAGGGGUCCAAAAACGCCACAGUUGGAAAGGUGGCCACUGCCCUUUAUUGUCUUAAAGAUACAGACCUUCUUAACCAGUUAAUCAUGUUGAACUAAAUUAGAAAUCACUUCUGGUCUUACAUGUGAAACAUCAAGAGAGGUUUUCAUUGAAUCAUCACAGAAGAUGUCUUCAAGCACAGACAAGGCCAUAACGUGAUUUCAUGGUGUGAUUUUAGCUUAUCAUUUUUACAUCUUGGAAUACAUAUUUGGAUGUACUGUACAAUUUUCUUUGACAUUAUGCUUAUAGUCCUAAACAAAAACACAAACCUGGUUCUUCAUAUAUUUUGCUGACAAACAUGUUUAAACAUUAUAAAACCACUUCUGGGUUUACAUACACUGGACCCAUCCUACCGUCUCCCACUUAUUGCUAUGAUUUUGAAAGGAUUUUACUUUUCAAGCCCAGGAUGGUCACCCAUGAUCACUAGGAAGGAGAUUUAUCAUUCUUUUCAAACGUCUGGCUUUUACAUGACAAUUUUUUUUAACUUACUUUUGCUUACAUGCGACCUAUUUAUUAAAUAGUCGCACGACCUUGAUAAAUAAAUCACACGUAAGCAAAACCCAGAAAAACCUGCUUACAAAAGCAUUUUUUAAAGCAGAAAAGUUUUCCCUUUAUGUUAAUAGCCGAAGUAUUUUAUCUACCCUUUAUUACCAGGAGCGUUGCUGGAG